AUGUCACUGAAUGUCAGCGCCUCGACGGAUAGUAUUCUGAAACACGAAGCUUACUUCAUACUAAAUAAUGUCAAAACGAAGGCCACUAUCACUCCGACUACUUGUGAGGGCUCUGUUUGCCCAUUGCAGGGAUCUGCGGGACUGUUGUUUUCAGCUGAUAUCUACGUCAAUCCUGGUCUGCCUCCGAUUACUGGAAAGCUGCGCUGGGAGCUAACAAAUAGCAAGGGCGAUACUUUGCUCUGUUAUCAACUGCCGGUGUGCAUCGAUUAAUGGCUUCCGGGCGCACAAACGCUUCCCGAGACACCGGAAAACGCUUGACAGUGCCUACAAAACAACACCCCAAAGAAUCGAUUGAGAUUAUGAGAACUCCGCCGGAAAUCAAGUUACAAAUGCGGGUCGAAAACACUUAUGUUGUGUGUCC